AAACCAUGGGUCUUCAUCUUGACAGACAUCACCAACGAGCCCGAUGAUGCGGAAUCGUUUUGUAGAUAUCUCACGUACGCCAACCAUUUCCGCACUGAAGGCAUAGUCACCGUCACGUCGACGUGGUUCGGGAACAAAGUUGCUCCUCGGACGGCUCAUGGCGCGCAACAACGAUCCGCUCUGGGUUCUAUUGUCGGGGGGCGUCAACGUUCUUGCACAGGUCCUUGAAAAAACCAGAAAUCGGCCAGACGCCGCGAAACUGCGCGAAAAGCUUCGCGUCUAUACGAUUUCGGAUCAGGACGACUGCGGGAGCUGGAUUCGCCAAUAGUGGCCCGACAUAUUCUACAUCUGUUCCAUUCACGGCUGGAAUCAAUGCCAAUGCGCGGCUCAACUGGUACCAAUACCGCGAGCCCAGCUCGCUGCAGACGUAUAACGGCCUAGAGAUGUCCAAUAUCGAGAUCAAGCCACUCAACGAUGAUCGCAGCAAAGCUGAGGUACUAGUUGCUCCUGCAGACAAGUCUUGUAUCGUGGCCAGGGAGAAGAUUCCUCUUGAACGAGCCCCCCCCCUCUCCACUUGAUUCUUGAGGUCAAGGACAACGGCACG